AUGAAAGAAAAAUAUGUGCGAAAAAUUGGAUGUGGGUCAAAAAGUAUACUGUGCUUCUGUCAAAGUGAGUUACAACAACAGUGUUCUGCGGUUCACAUUUCCUUUUCAGAUUAUUUUGUUGAUGAACGCCGGAGUUAUGAUUUGUAUUGGUUUGAUUGGGCUGAUAAUGGGGUUAGUUUACAAUUAGUAUUGAUUUUGAAAAUUAAAAACAUAUUCACAAUUUUCCGAUUUGUCGCCGCCAAUCAUAUAAUGAUGAUUGCGAUAUCAACAAUUUGUUCGGGUAUUAUGACACUAAUUGUGGCGGUUUAUCCACGAAAAUGUAUUGUUAUCUGGAGCUUCGUUGAUCAAGUAUUUUUGGCAGGUUUUUGUAUUCUGAUGAGUUGUGUUUUUGUGAUGGUCGUUGCUAUUGAGGAAUUGAGAAAAGAAUACAAGGAUGAUAUAAGUGAGAAUAAUCAGGGUCUCAAAUACCGUUCGGACAAUUUUUGAAACCCCAUUAGGAUGUUCGAAAUUCGAUUUAUCCGAUUCCAACUUUCUAAAAAUCUGGUCCAAGUUCUGGUUCAUACUAAACAUUUCAAAUCUGAUCCCUUCUGAAAAUCUUGCAUUUUUCCAGUCAAUUUCCAUGUCUACACCGCAUUAUCAUUUAUCGCAAGUGUUUGUGCAAUCAUAGAUUGUGUCCUUUACUCGAAGCUUCUUUGCUGCAAAGGAAAAGCACAAGAUCCCGAAGAAGAAGAAAGAAUAGCUGAAAAUCGUAGGAACAGUAGAAAAAUAGUUUAA